AAGCAGCUCUGUGCUAGCUGAGGCAGGCGCAGCUUCAACACAAGCGCAUUCAAAUUUAAACGCCUGUUGCCUAAAACAAACAAACACCUUAAAAAUGGACGUUUAUACAUACGAAAAGUCAUUUCUUGAGCGUCUAAAGGAAGCAGAAGCUGUUCUAUCAUGGGAUAACGCACCUAUGCCUGCCUCGCAAGUACGCUCCGAAUGGAAGGCCUAUGUCGAGUUGAAAAUUGAGCCAGCAGGCUGGCAGGCUAUGUGGAAAAUACCACGCGUCAUCUGCGAGGAUUUAAAGCUGCGCUAUCCAACUAUUGUAUUCGGCUACGUGGAACAGGUUAUAUUCGAUGAGCUCAAGGCGGUGUUUACGGUGACCGCGGUUCAGGAUCAGGAUGUGCAUUUACCGGAAAGCAAUGAGGUGUCCCUAAUCGAGCUGUGGCCCACAUUGCAGCAGGAGAACUCUGCAUUGAAUGUGGACACCACGGCCGAGUGCAUUGAUAGAUUGCGUUUCUUCUACGCGCACGUCUGGAUGCCCUGGGACAAGGACUACGAUGACGAUCGCGAUUGGGUGCAGAUGCAUUUGCAGGCGCGCAUACAGCUCGCCUGUGACUUACGCAAGAACCGCUUGCCACGACCACUUGCGCUCCAUAUGCGCACACUAUUAAUGGAGGCGCGUUAUAUACAACAGCGCCUGGAGUAUCUCGAGCUAGACAUGAGUGAUGCCGAGGACGAAAGCGAUGAUGAGGCCGUGGAGUUAAAUGACAAUGCCACAGACCCACCACGUAAACAGCCCAAAACAGGCGGCAGCCCAAAGGCAAACAACCUGAACAAGUCCAUGUUGCCAGUUACGGACUUGAUGUGCCUGCACUUGCGCCUAGCCAUCAUACGCAGCGAGUUCGAGAUACUCGAGAACCCGGAAAUGCGACGUGCCUACAGCGAGCUGCAGAGCAAUGUAUUAAAGCGACACCUGCUGCAGCGCAGUCCAGGGCGUCUGAAUCAGUUGACAGAGCAUGUUGAGCAUACGAACAUGUGUCACCUGGUCACAGUGCCGGGUGAGCUGCAGACACAGAUUGCCCUGCUCACGCUGGCUGAGAAGCUUGUAAAGCCGCAUACAAAAGUACAGCUGGGCAACACCUUGCAGGACGUGCUCAGCAUCUCGCAGGCCAACGAUGACAUACUUAUAUCACCCGGGCAACACACCAUCAAGUUUCUGGAACAUCUCAAUGACAACGGCAGCAUCAAAGGUCUAAUUGAAGCUGAGUCCGUGAUAGCCCCCAAACAAGACCUAACUAAGCUGCCGUUGAUUUGCUCAAGUGAUGAGGAUAGCACUUUGCUGGUCGUUGAUGGCGACUACACACUGUCGCAGCUGGUGUUGGACUGCCGACAUGUGCGUCGCGGUAUUCUCUUGCGCUACGGCACGCUGACGCUGCGCAGCUGUCGCCUGCUAGGCGAUGGUCGCUCGAGCACACAGGAGGCCAUUGUGUGCAUGCCGCAAGCCAGACUUGAGCUUAAGGAUUGCCUGCUAGAGAACUUUGCCAUUGGCAUUUCAAUGCGUGCCGACACUAGCGCCCAGUUGAGUAAUGUGUGCAUUCAGAAAUGCAAUACGGGCUUGGAGUUGCUGGAUCAAACGACCAAGCUAAAAAUGCUGGACAACAAUUGCAAUUUUCAUACCUGCAAGCUGGGCAUAUUGGCGGAUGGCAUAGCUCUGCCCAAUGGCAGUGAAAAGACCUUGGCGCUGAAGCAUUUCAGCGAGCUGCAACGCUACAACGAGAGCAACUGGCUGGGCAACUGUUCGUUUAAUAACUGUCUGCGUAACGUACGCGUUUUCAAUGAAUCUGAGCAGCUGUUGGCCAAGCGCACGCAUCAGAAUUUACUUUUGGAGGAGCUGGAUGGGGAAAAUAAAGAGAAUAUUAAUUAGUUUUAGUGUGUCAUGUAAAUCGUACAACAAAAAUAAAAAUAUGCAAUUUUAA